CUCCUCUCCUCCAGCUGAGGUGGAGUCAGCCAAUGGCCUAAAAGCUUGGAAAAUUUUGCAGGACGGUUUCCCUGGACAGCCUUGCAUGGGCUGAGCCAUUUCAAUUGAAGCACACAUCCAUAGACUGCUGUGCUCUUGACUGCUGGCUUGCCUCCCAGUUCUGAGAGAUCUCAGAUUUAGCCUCCCCUCCUCUCUCUCUCUCUCUCUCCUUCUCUUGUCCCUGCAGUUGUCAGACUUCUCUGAGCUCUGCUAGCCAGGACUCCUGAGCAACCAUGGCAGACACCACCCUCCAGAUCAUUGAACAGCCAGCAGUCUCUGAGGCCUCUGAAGACCCAACCAGCGAUGAACCUAUCAAACCUGACCAGAUCAAUGGUGUUAUGGUGCUCACCCUUCUGGACAAGAUUAUUGGGGCUGUGGAUCAGAUUCAGCUGACCCAAAGCCAGUUGGAGGAGAGGCAACAAGAAAUGGAUGGUGUGGUAACCAGCAUCCAGGGAGAGCUAGCCAAGCUAACCAAGGCUCACACUACUACCAGUAACACAGUGAACAAGAUGUUGGAGAAGGUCCGUAAGGUCAGCGUCAAUGUGAAAACCGUCCGGCAGAAUCUGGAGAAACAAGCUGGGCAAAUCAAGAAGCUGGAGUCCAAUGAAGCAGAGCUACUGAAACGCAGAAAUUUCAAAGUCAUGAUUUACCAGGAUGAAGUGAAACUGCCAACCAAACUAAGCAUUAGUAAGUCUUUGAAAGAGAUGGAAAAAGAAGGAGCAGGUGAAGAGUUGCCAGCAGGCGAAGAACACCCAGAAGAGGAACAUAUUGAACUCUCUUCAGAUGAAGAAGUAGAGGUAGAAGAGAUUAUCGAGGAAUCACGGGCAGAACGCAUUAAGCGGAGUGGCAUGAGAAAGGUGGAUGACUUCAAAAAGGCAUUCUCCAAAGAUAAGAUGGAGAAGACCAAGCUGAAGACCAGAGAGAACCUGGAGAAGACCAAGCUGAAGACCAGAGAGAACUUGGAGAAGACCAAGCAGAAUCUGGAGAAGACCCGGCACAACUUAGAGAAGAGGAUGAACAAGCUGGGCACCAAAAUUGUCACUACUGAACGCAGGGAGAAGAUGAAGACUUCUCGGGAGAAGCUGAGGAAGUCCUUCACACCAGACCAUGUGGUCUAUGCACGCUCCAAGACGGCUGUCUACAAAGUACCACCUUUCACUUUCCAUGUCAAGAAGAUCCGGGAAGGAGAGGUAGAAGUGAAGGCCACUGAGAUGGUAGAAGUUGGUGGGGAUGAAACAGAGAAUGCUGAUCUUCUGAGGGGUGAAAGCCCUGAGAUGAGCACACUCCUGCAAAUUACAGAAGAGGCAGACACCAUGCUGGCAGACAAAAGUGACAGUGAGUGAGGCACACAGCAGCAGAAGAAUGUCAAGAGCUGAACAUGUAAUCUUUCACGUUUCCUCUUUUUGGCCUCACAUGGGCACAUGCAUACACAUACACAAAUACAUACAUACACAGACACACAAAAUAUCUUUCUAUAGAUAAAUCUUACAACCCUCUUCCCGCAAUAUAGUACCAAGGCGCAUUUUUGUAUAUUUCUGUUUCAUCAUACCAAACAUGGGACUUCAUAGCAAUCCAUCAAACACCAUUCCUGCUACUGAACGCUUGCUUUGCCAGCUUGCUGUGGCAAAUCCCCACCCCAUUCCUCACCUGAGGAUGCUAUCGACAACGCAAUCUAUUUGUAUAUCCAAGGGGCAUGCUGCCUCUUGCCUGUUUCUCCUUGGUGUCAAGAAUGCUUCCUGGGGACCAGAAAGCAGUUUGGACAGACUGAAGGAAGAACAAAACCAUGGAAACAAAGGAAGAAAAAAAUUGGCUGAGUUGCUGAAAUGAGAGGGACAGAACUGGGAAAUAGUUGUGCGGAAAGAGGAUGUGAUGUCAUAUGAUACUGCAAGACGGCAUGUCGGUGCAAUUUCCAAGAGAUCAUUUGGAUGCAGUCAUGCUGGAUGAGCCUUGUGUUAAUGCACACAGAAGGCCAAAAGCUGCCACUCUGUACCUGAAGGAAAGGGAGAAGAGACAUCUAAGUGGAGUGCCCUCAAAGCUAUGCAUGCUCUUAGCUGAACCUCUUUGUGAGCUUCAUUGUAAUACGAUUCUCAUUGCUGCAGUGUGUAUUGCUCACAGGGAGGGUGGCGAGGGUGCAAAGGGCUGUUGUGCAAGUGCAUUAAGCUGAGAAAGAGUGAGAGGUGUCACAAAAACAGAGAGGGCUAUGAUAGCAUUUUGAGUGCAAGUAAUAAAAUUUUAUCAAGGAGGAACAAAGGAGAAAACUCUUGUCCAAUCCAUGGGGCUUGUCUGGACUGGAUCCUGAGCACUACAGCACUGUUGUAUACAGUAAUGCUUAGGGUCCAGAUCAUACUCUGCAUUCCUGUUCACCUGCUAUAAUGACUUUGAAUGGCCAAUUUAUUUUGUGCUUUCUAGUAGGGUAACACUUGGACCCCUUUAGCAGCAGUGUUUGCUAAAUACACUACUUAGGAAGAGAAGUAGGAGCUGAAGGGGCUAUGGUGCAGAAGUUCACAGACAAAACACAGCUUCGUUGUGGAGAAGCAUCAAUGCAUUCUCAACAGCCACUCUCUACUACAUACUUAUACAGCUACCUCUUUUUAUUUCCAAUUCCUGGGUUAAUUCCAAUGUGAAUUUUUCCAAGCAUACCAAAGAGUUCUCCUUCCCUAGUGUUGGAUGCAUGCAACUGUCCUCCUCUGCAUAGUGUAACAGAACAUCCCCCUCCUUCAGAAUUUGGAGAUGUUAUUUUGAUGGACUAUAACUCUAGGAAUCUUGCAGUCAUGAUGAUCAUUGAGCGCUGUAGCCUAAAUAAAGUUUUCCUAGGUCUGCCCUCUUCCCACAAUCAUCUGCUGGGAUUCCUUCAGGCUCCUCUCACAGGCUCGGCCAUUCCAUGCCUUCCACUUCCUCUACCAAAGCCAGUACAAGGGCUGCCUUUUCUAGCAACUGGGUGUGGCUGAGCUACUAUCAAUCCAGUGGGGAGAUGCGUGUCUAUGUGUGCAUAUUCAGGAGUGUUCUUACUUGACCAAGAAGUAUGCAAGUAAAUAGUAUGCAAGGGGCUGUCCCCACCACACUAGACUUUUUCCUGCAAGCUUUUCUAUUCUUAUUAUAGAUCUUAAGUUACAGAAGAACAGAAAGCUCCCAGUAAACAAGAUAUACUAGGCCAGUAAGGCCAUGCCGCAUGGGGAGAGUAAGUGUGCCCAAGUUUGGGGGUGUGGAAUGUGCCAAGCAGCUGCAUUGUUCCUUUUAUAAGACUGCAUCCUGGUGAGCAGCAUGACUAAUAAACUUUCUUUUCUAAAAGAACAGGCGUGAAGCGUUUUGAAGAGAAGCAUCGCAAAGGCUACUUGGUCAGAUUUAGUUUAGGGACACUUGGGGGCCAAACCAUUAUGUUUUACUGCCUGAGAUAGAUAACUCAAGCCUAAGGUCAAAGUGCAGAGUAUCCAGAGCCAGCAAAGUUAUUUUGGGCUACAAGGCUCAGUUUCUAACAAGCGACUUUUCCCCAUCACUGGUGAUAAAGAAAAAUGAAAUAAAAUGCUAUAAUAGUAAGCUAAUGAAA